AUGCAGCCUUCUCCUUUUCGUCACGGCCACAAUCCAGGCCCCUAUGAGCUGCCCCCAGUGCAGUCGGUGACAUCGGGGGCCUUGCCGGCUCCCGCUGCGCUGCUCUCCGCUCCGCCGAGCAGGCCCGACAGCGGGAUGCGCAUGGCCCAUUUGUUACAACCUGUACCGCAUCAGCCGCUGCCGGCCCAGCCGGCGCCAGUAUCAUCACCAUACGCGCGCUUCUAUGACUCUGCGUCGGGUUCUCCCGCGGAAAGUGGCGGCCUGUCUGAUGCCCCUCCGCUAGGCUCUGUCCCAGGCGGCCCGGGCCUCUAUCAAACCAGCCCCGUCGGCCACCAGCAGUCCGCGAGCCAAUUGCAGCAGAAGAGAGCCUAUCGACAGCGCCGGAAGGAUCCCAGCUGCGAUGCUUGUCGCGAGCGCAAGGUGAAAUGCGACGCCUCGGAAUCCGCGAGCUGCACGGAAUGUACCAACCGCAAGGUCCGAUGUCAGUUUACCAAGGAGACAAAUCGCCGUAUGUCUUCUAUCAAGCAGGUGCAGGAUCUUGAGAAACAGCUCCAAAACACCAAGCAUCAACUUCAUCAAUUAAGGUCUGGAAUGUUGCGUCCAGAUCAGAUGGAUGUUGACGAGGCCGGCGGCCAGCCUCUGCUCAAACUACCAGAAAUUGAUUACCGCCCUUCGCGCCGGUCUCACGCGCCAAUCACCCAAGAUUUAUCGGAUGUACGAUCUAAUUUGCGCCGGUACGGUCGUGGCAUCUUGAAGGUUCCUACGCAAUACCGACAAGAAGGUGCCAAGUCGUCGUUGACCGGCGAUGCGCCCCAACUUCCCCCGAAGAACGUUGCGGAUCGACUCCUGGCGCAAUAUUUUGCCUGCAUUCACUCCGUGCUCCCGGUACUGCAUUGGCCGUCAUUUAUGAAAGACUACGAGAAGGUCUACGAGUCGGGCUCAUUGGUGGGUGUCUCUCGCGAAUGGGCUGCGAUCUUGUUCGGUGUCUUUGGCUGUGGCGUGGUCCACACGCUUGGACCGAAGCGCGAAGAAGAGGGCAAGGAAUAUGUGCGCAUCUCGACAGGGAUCAUCGACGUCUGGCAAGACAAUUUCAACCUUGAUCGGGCCCGCGCCGCGCUGUUGGUCAGCAUUUUCCUCUACGAAAUCAACUCAAAGUCGGCCAGUUGGGUGUGGAUUGGUUCGGCGGUGCGAGUCGCCCAGGAAAUCGGGCUGCACAUUGAUUCGGGGCCCUGGCCGCCCCUCGAAGGGGAGAUGCGGAAACGCUUGUGGUGGGGGUUGUAUACCUGGGACAGGUUACUGGCUCUGGAAAUGGGGAAGCCUGUCUUGAUCAACGAUCAGGACUGCGACAUUGACCUGCCGUGCCCCGUGGACGAGCAAUCCAUGACAGAGGACGCCGGUAUCCUCGAAAGCCAGCAGACUACAGCACUAUUGGCAACUAUUCACGUCGUCCGCUCCAUCGGCCAGCUCACACGAACCCUACGAUUGCCUACAGUCAGCCCGGCGACGCUCGAGACGUUUGAGCGGCAUUUUAACACAUGUCUUGCAACCUUCCCCCCUCAACUCCACCCGAAGAACGACGAAUAUCUCGAUCCUCGAUCUCUCGCACCCGUUAUCUACCUCCAGAACGCGCGCCUUAUUCUCCACCGCCACAACAUCUCCCCCGUCAGCUCGUUCGCCGCACGCUCGUCUGCAAUGGAUUACUGCAUCUCGACAUCUCUCGACACAGCCCAACUUCUAUCGCGAUGCAUGCGGAGCCAAUCGGAAGGCGAUGACUGGCGGUCCCUACUCGCAUCGUGCGCAGGAACUCUUCUGUGCACACACAUUUGGCGCUGUAUGCUUUUUCUCCUCUUCCGACAGGAAUACGCAGGGGCUCUGGUUUGCAUUCAAGCCAGCGCCGCGAUCGGCGAUGCUCGCUCCGUGAAUGCAUCCUGCGGCCAAUACCUUUCCUUCUUCCUGCGCACUCUCCUGGAACGCCUGCAGCGCGGCGACAGCAGUACUGACCUAGAAAACGAUGAGGAGAUGUUAGCAUAUGCCUCUGGUGACAUGCAGGGCAGCAGCGACGGUAGCUGGGUCUGGCAAGGGAGCGAGACCGGCUCUCAGCUGGAGGCUAUCUCUCCAGUGCCUUCGAACACGAGAGCUCGCGGUCCAAUUUCUCAGCCAGAAGACAAGGAGUGGGAGGGCUGGGAAUGGAUUGAGAAAACCGUCCAGUAUCUUCUCACGGAGCAACAGGCACGCGGACCGUCCGAGCCUCGCGAUGUCACCAUGGGCCAGCCACAGGAGCCGGCCAUGCUUGGCCCCGAGCGAGCAGCGUCGGAUACAUCAGACCAGCGGUCGAGUUCCGCUCAUUCGCGCAUGACCAUCGCGAGCAUUAUUUGA